AUGUCCCACGGCUACAGACAAGAUAUGCCCCCGUCCGGGGGGUACGAAACCCUCAAGUACAAGCGUAAUCUCCCUCUCCGAGGUCCUUCUGGUGCCGUCAUCUUUGGCAGUGUGUUUGCUAUCUGCACCCUUGGAUUCUACCGACUCGGACAAGCCAACAACGAGCGACGUGAACUGAAGCGCGAAAAGGCCUGGUCCAGGAUCAAUCUUGUGCCCUUGAUCUUGGCGGAGCAAGACAGAGAUGCGUACAGACGUGAACAAGCGGCGCUGGCGAGGGAGAAGGAGAUCAUGAAGGACUAUGCCGGGUGGGAGGCUGGCAAGAGCUCCUACAACACCAAGCGAUACACACCAAACUCUAUCGUCGUUCUCUAG